CGCGCACAAUCCCCCUGUCUCGGGCAUGGCAGCCUCUUGCUCGGGGUCGUCCCCUGGGAGACGGGGACAAUCUCCCUGCCUGUGUCACUGGGCAGGGUCCCUGCAGCCUCAUCCAGGGUCCCUCGCCCUGCUGCUGGGAAAGGGGAGGGUGGCCCCGGUGAGGUGGGGAGGAGAGGCUGCCCUGGCCAGGGCUGUCCAUAACAGCUGUGGGAUCGGGGUACGGUGCCCCAGAUCUGCAGAGCCCGUGCAGGAGCAGGCUUGGGCAGGGCUGUGGGUCAGGUUUGUGCUCCCGUCCCCUUUCCUUGCCAGCCACCUGGCUCCUCGCAGCCCGUGGAGGCUCUCUUGGACCUUCUGGGGUAUAAAAUUGGAGCUGCUGGAACCGCAGACCAGGGUGAGCUGGGCCCGCUGGGUAGAUGCCAGCGGCUGCUGCAGGGAGCCCGUGAUCUGCCACCCCACUGCCCGAUGGUGCUGCCUCUGCGGGGCCCCAGGGCUGGGGAGAGGGUCCCAGUGGGGGACGUGGGCCCAGGCUGGCAGCUGCCCUGCCAGGCUGAGGCAGCCGCAGCUUUUCCUUGCCCCCCGCAGAGCUCUGGGCUGUGUUCCCCGCAGCCCAGGGCACCAGCAUCUCCGUGCCAAGCACUCCCUGGCACGGGCAGGGACCAUGUCUCUGGGCCAGGCCACUGCCCUGGCAAGCGAGUGCGAGGUCAGUGCUCAUCUGGGACACUCGUCAGUCGUGUCCCCGAUUAAGGCAGCAGAGGCUAAUUACUGCCAUAUGCUGGGCAUGAUCUAAAGGGAUUAGGGGGUAAUAUUGUUAACCUCUGAAUCUCUUCCUUCCUGCACGCUUGGAGCAUGGUGAUGCUGCAGGGGGAUUAGCAGCGGGGUGCAGCCAGCCCCCUCUGCGAGUGCCCCCACACUGGUUCAGCCCCCAGCAGCACUCGGGUUGGGAAGAAGGGAAGGAAGGAGGGACUGCCGGGGCCUCCUGGGGGAAUGGCCCUGGGGCUGGCUCCUGCCUCCUCAAGCCCCAGUCCAUGGGGAUGCCCUGCCUGCUCUUGGAAGUGGGAAGGAAGGGCAGUCCUGGGCCCCAGCCUGCCAUCAGGGCUGGGGGGGCUGGAGGCUUUGGGAGGGAUGGAGGCAGCUCCUGUCUCAGUGUCCUCUCUCCCCUCAGCGGCUGAAAGAUGAGAUAGCAGAAGUGACGAAUGAGAUCGAGAACCUGGGGUCCACGGAGGAGAGGAAAAACAUGCAGAGGAACAAGCAGGUGGCCAUGGGCAGGAAGAAGUUCAACAUGGAUCCCAAGAAGGGCAUCCAGUUCCUGAUCGAAAACGACCUGCUGAAGAACACGUGCGAGGAUAUUGCUCAGUUCCUUUACAAGGGAGAGGGCCUCAACAAGACAGCCAUCGGUGACUACCUGGGUGAGAGGGACGAGUUCAACAUCCAAGUCCUGCAUGCCUUCGUGGAGCUGCAUGAGUUCACUGACCUCAACCUCGUGCAGGCCCUGCGGCAGUUCCUGUGGAGCUUCCGGCUGCCCGGGGAGGCGCAGAAGAUCGACCGGAUGAUGGAGGCCUUCGCCCAGCGGUACUGCCAGUGCAACCCUGGCGUCUUCCAGUCCACAGACACCUGCUACGUCCUCUCCUUCGCCGUCAUCAUGCUCAACACCAGCCUGCACAACCCCAAUGUCAAGGACAAACCUACAGCGGAGCGCUUCAUCGCCAUGAACCGUGGCAUUAACGAUGGGGGAGACCUACCUGAGGAGCUGCUUCGGAAUCUCUAUGAAAGCAUCAAGAAUGAACCCUUCAAAAUCCCCGAGGAUGAUGGCAACGACCUGACCCACACCUUCUUCAACCCCGACCGUGAGGGCUGGCUGCUCAAGCUAGGAGGAGGCAGGGUGAAGACGUGGAAGCGACGCUGGUUCAUCCUGACCGACAACUGCCUUUACUACUUCGAGUACACGACGGAUAAAGAGCCCCGUGGCAUCAUCCCGCUGGAGAACCUGAGCAUCCGUGAGGUGGAGGACUCGAAGAAGCCCAAUUGCUUUGAGCUCUACAUCCCCGACAACAAGGACCAGGUCAUCAAGGCCUGCAAGACGGAGGCGGACGGGCGAGUGGUGGAGGGGAACCACACGGUGUAUCGCAUCUCCGCCCCCACACCCGAGGAGAAGGAGGAAUGGAUCAAGUGCAUCAAGGCAGCGAUCAGUCGGGACCCUUUCUACGAGAUGCUGGCUGCCAGGAAGAAGAAGGUCUCCUCCACCAAGAGACACUAGCAGCCUCCGCUGGCCCUGCGAGGCUGGCAUGCCCCCGGCAGCCUGAGCGUCUCCCCUCCCCGGAGGGCUGCGGGGCUGGGGCUGCACUGCAGCCUGGCCCUCGGGGGGCCCAGGACCCAGCUUCAGCUUCGCAGUUUCUUUACUGUGGGGAGGAGGAGGGGGCACAGGCAUCUCGGUGGCUCCGGCCCCCCCAUCACUGCCUCAUUUCCAGGAAAGCAUCUUCACGGGCUGGAGCUGGGAUGCCAACACCCCUGCGUUGCAGGGAGCCCCAUCCUGCCCCGGGCUCGGCUGCAGGAUGGGGAGUGCUGCAUGUGUGUACUGUCCUCCCCUCCCGCCUCGGCCAGCCGGGGCACCACGGGCACCCUCCCUGCUCCCGAUCCUCCCAGCAAGCAUGCAGCCGCACAUGCCACUGGGUCCCCCCAGCAGCCGUGUCCUGAAGCACUUCAGGUGUCCCAUCGGGAAGGCGAACGGCUGCUGGUUAGCAGCUGGCGGUUUUGGGGUGCUGCAGGUGCCGGGGUGAAGGGUGGCAGCCCCAGGGCAGCUGGGGGGGGGCCCUGCGGAGGCAUGACUUCUGGCCCUCGUUGUAGCGGGCCUGGGUCUGCCCUGGGCUUCCCCAUGCUGCUGCCUUGGAGCCUCCCAGCUGUCGCCUGCACCAGGGAUGGUCCCUGCGGGCGCAGGGACGGCUGCAGGGCUGGGAGUUGUCACCGUCAACGGUGUGCAGUGGUGCCACAUGGGGCACAGACAUGUCCCUGCCCAGCCGUGGGGUGCCGGAGCUCAAAUGAGAGCCCCUGUCCAGCAGCACCGGCUGGCAUUGCCCCCCAGCGUGUCCUUGCAGCACAAUCCCCUCGGUGAGGGGCAGGGGAGGCUGUGCCAGGAGUGACUGUAAUCUCCUCGAGCACAAGCCCUUGCUCUGGAGCGGGUGGUGAGAAUGUCCCCGGAGCCUGCACCAGGGAUGGCUGCUGUCAGGGGGGUCCAGGCAGGCCAGGGGCUGCAGCCCCCCUGCCUCUGCCUUGCAAACGCCCGUGUCUUGUCCUGUUCCCCCGGCCACUGUGCACGGUCUGGAGAGAGGCACCUGGAUCAGUAUUAGUCUAUUUAUCAGAGGUGUAAAUACUCCUGUAUAGUUUUCUCCUUUUAGAUUAUUUUGUAUGUUGGGUCGUUCUGUGCAGAGGCCUCUCUGGAGGGUGGGGGGUGGCAGGAUUUUUUAUUCUAACCUUUUUUUUUUUUUUUUUUUUUUUUUUUUUUUUUUUGCCACGGCCUUGUAAACUAGUGCUGAGGAUCUGCAGCAAAUAAACACUGAACCGCGCUCA